AUGAGACAUAUUCAAACCCUCAGUGCUUUGGUUCUCUUCAUCACCUUGUUUCUGAUCUUCUUCUACUCGACCCUACACCUAGAGACGGCCUACAGUCUCAAGACGGGACCAGAGGACCUCCUGGAGGAUCCCAGUCUCCUGGAGGUCCCCAGCCUCCAAAAGGUCCCCAGCCUCCAAGAGGUCCAGGUCCAUGACAGAGAUGGGAAAGCACAGUCGUCCAAACGGGAGAGAUCCCCCACUCCCCCCCCUGCUGUCCUCAAUGUGUCUGUCUCCGACGGUCUCAGACAGGUCAUCCCUCCAAACGGAGCCUACUGGAACCGCCUGCUGUACUCGGCCCUCAGGAGUCUGGUCAAGAAAGAAAAUCCUUUGGGACGCGACUCUGAUUGGUCUCUCUGCAGGCAGACGAAUCCAGAGCACCUGCAGACCAACGUGCACGACUUCACCUCCUACCCGGUCUUAUUUCAGGACUUUGUGCAGGGCAUGAACUGCAGGUCCCCUCCAGUCCUGCUCAAUCAACCCAACAAGUGCAUCUCUGGAGAAGAGAAGGAAAACAACCAGACCUUUCUGCUUUUUACCAUCAAGUCAACUCCUGGAAACUUUGAGCAGAGACAGGCGGUGCGGGAGACUUGGGGUCGAGAAGGGGUGCAUCAGAGUGGCCUGAGGGUGCACACCGUGUUUCUGCUGGGUAGCUCCCCCACAGAGGACCCUGACCUCACUGCUCUACUGUCAUUUGAAGCGGGACACUUUGGGGACCUGCUGCAGUGGGACUUCCAUGAAUCCCUCUUGAACCUGACGCUCAAAAUGAACAUGUUCCUCCAGUGGACGGUGAGAUACUGUCCCGCAGCCUCUUUUGUGUUCAGCGGGGAUGACGAUGUCUUCGUCAACACGCCGACAUUACUCAGCUACCUGCAGUCUCUGGAGCUUCCGAAGGCCUCGCAGCUGUACGCUGGACAAGUCAUAAGCAAAGCCAGUCCCCUCAGGGACCCAAAGAACAAAUACUAUAUUCCUCUGAGCUUCUAUGACGGCCCAUACCCUGCAUACGCUGGUGGAGGUGGUUUUAUCAUCUCUGGAGCGUUGCUGCAACGCCUUUAUUCCACUUCACGCAUCAUUCCUUUCUUCCCCAUCGACGACGUCUACGCUGGGAUGUGCUUUAAGGCUUUGGGGGUUUCUCCCGAGGCAAACGCAGACUUUCAGACUUUCGACAUUAACGAGCAGGAUCGUGAGAAUCUGUGCAUAAAUAAGAAACUUAUCCUGAUUCACCGGCGCUCCGCACGUCAGAUGAAGAAGUUGUGGAAGGGUAUUCACAACCCCUUGUUGACUUGUUGAACAGAACUGGUCCCCAAAAGAAGAAGCUUUGACUGAAGCUUAUCGCCAUAUCCUUUUUCACAAUGAUUCAGCAAAAGGAAAUGUAAUUGAGGCUUUUGUACUUCAUUUUUCAUAUUGUCUGUUCCAGCAGGAACUAAAUGGAGGUGUGGUUACUGCACUUGUAUUUAAGUUAUGACCAUGUGUUUCCUUAUAAGAAUAGAACCUUGAAAAGUGGAGGAAGCGUUCAGCAGUUUAAGUGGGAGGUUCAGCAUCAGGGGUCAAGAUUAAA